ACCGUACAGUGCUGGGAACCUUCAUCAUGGACAAAAGCAUGUUGAGGAAGGAGGCCAAUGGUAAGACCAAGGCGACGUGGAAGCAAAGGAGGGCCGCGGAGGAAACUUUAGAGACAGACCGACCUUCAAUGGGAAACGAUGAAGUGCAUGGUGAUCGACAGGCCAGUGAUGGUCGUCCGCACAUGAUGACACCUCAGGAUUCUGCAAAGCUAAAACCCACUCAAGCAAAGAAAGGUGGACAUCAGCCCACGAUGGCACACCCGAAUGACGCAACGCCAUCUACGGGAACUCUUGCAUCUUCUCCAGCACACAUAUGUGGCCCUCUGAUCGAUCCACAACCGAGUGCAAAGAAGCACGCCAAGAAGAAUGUCAAGCGAGCCAACGCCGCGUCGUGGCAACAGCACCCCGCUCCAUCCAGAACCGUUCCCACCGAGAACACUCUCCCACUACCACCACCCAUUCCCACAACAGUUGCAUCCCAUCAGUCCACCACCUCGAACGACAUCUCCAGCGUCUCCAACAAGGAGCCACCCCAACCUGCUCGCAUUCACGCGUCCGUGCCAUCUGCGGCGGCGCCGAGUGUAUCCAACGUGGACAAAAAGAAGAAGAAAAAGAAGAAGGUCAUUCCGCCUCCUCCAUCAUCAUCGACACUGCCAGGAGAUGCCAACACGAUUGAACCAGCCGUCGCGCCUCCAAAUCAAAAGCCGCCGCCGCCCCUCCAAAUCGAGGCCAAACUCAAGCCAGCAACAAAACCUCGUCACAGAUCAAACGUUCCGUCGACUGCAUCCAUCCCCACACUUGCGAAUACCACGAGGAGUCUCAUCCACGAUACACUAGGGCAACAACUUCCUUCACCACCACAUCGAGGAAGUGGGGGAGGCCCCCACGAUGACCUCAACAACGCCAUAGCCAUCCCGAAGAAGGCGAAAUCCAGGACAGACUAUGCCAAGAAGUACACUCCCGAGUAUGAGCCCCACUUGGCCUAUGACGACGUCGUCCGCGGCCUUUGUGACGGCUCCCUUGUCUCAGGCGUGCUUCGCGUCAAUAAGCACAACCGCAUGGACGCGUACGUGACGAUUCCAGGGCUAGAUCGGGAUCUGUUUAUCGAUGGACUUUCCCGUCAAAACCGAGCGUUGGACGGAGAUACGGUCGUGUUGGUUGGGUUGCCGCAAACCAAGUGGCGCACGAAAUCCUCGUCGCUAGCAACGUCUACAGCAACGCCUUCCCCUGCGUGUAUCAGUUCGGAUGCCGAGACCCUGGCUGCGUUAUGGAACCCGUUGGUGCAGCCGUCCCAACCCCCUGCCGCCUCUCCGUCCUCUGCUCGACAUGACGUGGCAGUUGGUAGUGGAAUCGACCGGCUGCAAGCGCAUGUCGACGCUGUGCAAAGCCAUCUCAAAGCUGGACAGAAAGCCCAACCCACAGCGUCGGUGGUGCACAUUUUAGAACGAGCUGACGUGUCAUAUGUGGGGGUCGUCCGCGUGACAAAACAAAAUGUGACACUGUUUGAUGCACUCGACAAGCGACUUCCCCGGGGCAUGCGCAUUCACAACAUGCCACCAGAGUACCAUCGCAACCCCCACUUGUUUGCGACGACAAUGCUAUGCCUGGUCAAGUUGGACCAGUGGGCGGUUCACUACAAAUCGCCCACGGGUGUGCUGGUGCAAGUUUUAGGCCCGGCAUCCCAGGUUGACUCUGACCUCUUGGCGUUGCUCACAACCAACUCGUUGCUCCGACACUUGGAACCAUUUUCACCAGAAAUUGCUGCAUCCUUGCCAGUGGCUACCGAGUGGACCAUCCCACAAAGCGAACUCGACCGGCGGCGGGACUUGCGCGGUUGGACAGUUUUCUCCAUCGAUCCGUCGACGGCGCGGGAUCUAGAUGACGCCAUGUCCAUCCGCCGCUUACCCGAUGACGACACGUUCGAAGUGGGGGUGCACAUCGCCGACGUGUCGCAUUUUAUUGUCCCCGGGAGUGCGCUGGACGUGGAGGCGCAAGCGCGAUGCACGAGCGUAUACUUUGUCAACCAGGUGCUGCCGAUGCUGCCCCGAGUGCUGUGUGAGCAGCUGUGCUCGCUCAACGCAUCGGUAGAUCGACUCGCGUUUACUGUGUUGUGGCAUAUGCGCAAGGACGGUACGAUGGUGGCGGAUGCGCCUAUUUGGUUUGGCAAAACAAUCAUUCGGUCAUGCUGUCAGUUGGAUUACGCCACAGCCCAACUCUUGCUGGACUCGUCCACGACCCACGACAUUGCCUGGCCUCGACCGCCCACGGGCGGCCACUCGAAACAAUCUAUCGCGACAUGUGUGCGGCAGUUGGGGGACAUUGCAAUGGCCCGCCGCCGCCAACGGUUUGCCACUGGCGCGGUGCAACUGCCUCGUCCAAAGCUGAGCUUUCAACUGGACAACGACGGAAAUCCAGUGGGAAUGACCGAGUACCCUCUGCGGGAAAGCAACUACCUCGUCGAAGAGUUCAUGUUGCUGGCCAACUACCUCGUGGCGCAGCAGCUUCUGCAGCAUGGCCCGCCCUGCGCGCUCUUGCGCUCCCACUCGCCGCCUGACGAGACCAAGUGGGGCAAUGCCCUCUCCCAAUUGGACAAAAUGGGAGUCCAUCUGACCAAUCAACAGCAUUUGACGCCGUUUUUAGCCCAACUCGAACGAGAACGAGGCCCGGUGGUGCUGCAAACUGUGCGCCACGUGCUGACGAAACCAAUGGCUACAGCUGAAUAUGUCAUCGUGGAGGACCGCCAUUUGACGGAUCGCCAUCGCCAUUUUGCGUUGAAUUUGCCGUAUUAUACGCAUUUUACCUCGCCCAUUCGAAGAUAUGCAGACGUAUUGGUACAUCGGCUGUUGGAAGCGUCGCUAAGUGGAUCUACUUCGUCUGUUGCAGUCACGCCCAAGAUGGUCGACACGUGCAACCUCCAAAAGCUUCGGUCCAAGAGAGCCCAGCAGUCUUGCGACCUCAUCUACCUGGCUCGGUAUGUUGAGCACAAGGGGGAAGUCGCCACGACGGCCGUGGUGGUGGGCGUCGGAUCCAGAAGUUUCACGCUCAUGUUCCUCUCGUUCGGAUUUGAACAGCGCGUGGACGCGCCGGACGUGGCCACGAACUUCAAGUUCGACGACGUCAAGAAAUGCCUGAGCUUGACGGUUGCCUCAGGUGCGACGGUCCCGAUUACCUUGUUUGAGCCCGUGCAAGUUAAGCUGUCAACUACGAAACGAGUGCCGCUGGAGCUCGUGUAUACGCUCGUGCCGUCGUCGUCGUCGUAGGAUGUGGGAAUAAUAUAUAGUGUAGUAGUUCGUGGCCAUGCGACGAGAAAUAUGAUAUAUAUAUAUAUAUAAGGUGAUGUAUGU